GCGGCAGUAUCAUACAUUUAUCGAUAUAUUUUUUGUGUAGUAGUUCCAUCGUUUCAAUACGCUUCCUGUGCAGCGCAUUCGAAAUCUGGGUAUUUGUUAUUGCUUUUAGAGCUUUCUUUUCAAACGCCGCGAAAUUGAAAGUAUAGGCCAAACAGCAUGGCUGCUGCAACUGGUGAAUUGUCGAAAAAUGAGCUGAAGCGCCGCCUCAAGGCAGAACAGAAGGCCAAGGAGAAGGCCGAAAAGGAUGCCACACGUUCGGCUGCCGCGCCAGAGGCUGGACAAAAGAAGAAAACGGCCGCUGAACUGGAGGAGGAGAUCUCACCCAAUGAGUAUUUCAAGCUGCGCUCUGCUGCAGUCGCUGAGUUGAAGCAAACGCCAGACAACCAUCCGUAUCCACACAAAUUCCAUGUGAGCAUCUCGCUGGAAAACUUCAUUGCCCAAUACAAUGAGCUCAAGGAUGGCGAAACGCUGGAUCAGGUCAAUUUAAGUGUGGCCGGACGCAUUCAUGCCAUACGCGAAUCGGGAGCCAAGCUCAUCUUUUAUGAUUUGCGUGGCGAAGGAGUCAAACUGCAGGUGAUGGCCAGCGCCAAGUCUUAUAAGAGUGAAUCGGCAUUUGAGCUCGACACCGCUAAGUUGCGACGUGGUGAUAUCAUUGGCGUUAACGGACAUCCCGGCAAAACCAAGAAGGGUGAACUGUCUAUUAUGCCCACGGAACUGAAACUGUUGUCGCCAUGUCUGCACAUGCUGCCACAUCUGCACUUUGGGCUUAAGGAUAAGGAGACUCGCUAUCGUCAGCGCUAUCUGGACUUGAUUCUCAACAACAAAGUGCGCGAAACCUUCCAGAUUCGUGCCAAGAUAAUUUCGUUUGUGCGGCAAUUUUUGGAUCGCUUGGGCUUCCUGGAGAUUGAAACGCCCAUGAUGAACAUGAUUGCGGGCGGUGCAACGGCCAAGCCAUUUGUCACACAUCACAACGAACUCAAAAUGGAUCUGUUUAUGCGCAUUGCGCCCGAGUUGUAUCACAAGAUGCUCGUCGUUGGUGGCCUCGAUCGUGUCUAUGAGAUUGGUCGUCAGUUCCGUAAUGAGGGCAUCGAUCUAACACACAAUCCCGAGUUUACCACAUGUGAAUUCUAUAUGGCUUAUGCUGAUUACUCCGAUCUCAUUGAGAUCACUGAACAAAUGAUAUCGGGCAUGGUUAAGGCCAUUCAUGGAUCCUACAAAAUCAAAUACCAUCCCGAUGGACCCGAUGGUGUCGAACAGGAGCUGGACUUCACGCCACCCUUCAAGCGUGUCUCCAUGAUCCAAACGCUUGAGGAGAAGCUGCAGGUCAAAUUCCCAGCAGCCGAUACAUUCAAUAGCGCUGCCACCAAUGAGUUUCUGUCGCAGCUGUGCAUCAAACAUCAGGUGGAAUGCCCGGCGCCACGUACCACGGCUCGUUUGCUGGACAAACUGGUUGGGGAUUUCAUUGAGGAGACAUGUAUUAAUCCCACAUUCAUUUGUGAGCAUCCUCAAAUCAUGUCCCCGCUGGCCAAAUACCAUCGCAGUGUGCCCGGCCUGACCGAGCGUUUUGAGCUGUUCGUGGCCAAGAAGGAAGUGUGCAACGCGUAUACAGAGUUGAACGAUCCGGUUGUGCAGCGCGAACGCUUUGAGCAGCAGGCCAGCGAUAAGGCUGCCGGCGAUGAUGAAGCCCAAAUGGUCGACGAGAACUUCUGUACGGCCCUCGAGUAUGGCUUGCCACCCACUGGCGGCUGGGGCAUGGGCAUCGAUCGUUUGACCAUGUUCCUUACCGACUCUAACAACAUCAAGGAGGUACUGCUGUUCCCGGCGAUGAAACCCGAGGAUGCCAAUCGCACACCAUCAGCAGCAGCAACAGCAGCCGAAGCUCAACCAACAGCAGCUGCUACUCAGAAGUAGGACAACUAGACAGGAUAGGACAGGACAGGACAACACGAGUCUCCCGACACAAUAGUCAUGUGUUGUGUGUGUACGUUAAAUUAUUUGAUUUCAAUAAAAAGAGAAAAACA